AUCCUGACACAUGAUGAAUCGAUCGUCGUCCAAAUGUAUCUUUUGCUUUAAUUUUUAGAGCAAAAAAAAACAUCAGGUGAUUCUCAAUUUGACAAUUUAGAGUGGAAAACACUUAAUUAAAAUCUGUUCUGUAAAGUGAUAGGUAUAUUCGAAAUGAAAUAAAUAAACACAAUAACAACCCGAAAAAGAAAGGCAUGAAAAUAAAGAGAUUUUAAAGUGACAAAUUAAGGAAAAAUAAAACACUUUUUUCCAAGACCUAAUUCCUUUCAGCAGUCGCCAGCUGGCAUUAUACUAUAUGCCACGGGUCACUUUGUCAAUAACCAUCACUUUGCUGACGUGUCACCAACUUGCCAUUUUCCUCUCCAUAAAUAGAGCUCUCAGCAUCUCACCCCCGAGCUUCAGCCUUCUCCAUAACUCACCCCUCUCUCUCUAACUCCGUUUAAGUUUGCCAUCAGAAAGUAGUAAUUAAAUAAAAAUAAUGUCAGGUUUUGACGGUGUUGAAAAUCAAAUCAACGUUCCAGAUAUAACAGCUUGUCUCCCUCAAGAUCCUCGUGAGCCUCGCUCAUUAUUACCAAUCACCCUCAAGUUCGUUGAUGUAUGUUACCGAGUGAAACUCCAUGGCGACUCCAGUAAGAUCAAGAAGUUAUUGGGACUAGAGCACAAACCGUCCGAUGAGACUAGAACGACGGAGAGGACGAUACUUAGUGGAGUCACUGGAAUGGUGUCACCCGGCGAGUUUAUGGCCGUUCUUGGACCAUCAGGAAGCGGUAAAUCUACGUUGCUUAACGCCGUCGCAGGGAGACUACAUGGACCAGGCCUCACCGGAAAUAUACUAGCCAACGACGCUAAACCAACGAAGCAGACGUUAAAACGAACCGGGUUCGUGGACCAGGACGAUCUACUCUACCCUCACUUAACCGUACGCGAAACCCUAAUUUUCGUCGCCUUGCUCCGUCUCCCUCGGAGUCUAACCAGAGAAGAUAAAAUAAAAGCGGCCGAGUCGGUGAUAUCGGAGCUAGGGCUUGAGAAAUGCGAGAACACAGUCGUGGGGAACACUUUCAUUAGAGGGAUCUCGGGUGGUGAGAGGAAACGUGUGAGCAUAGCUCACGAGGUACUCAUCAACCCGAGCCUUUUGGUUCUUGACGAGCCCACGUCGGGGCUUGACGCAACGGCGGCUCUCCGGUUGGUUCAGACGCUAGCCGGGAUGGCUCAUGGGAAAGGGAAGACGGUGGUCACGUCUAUUCACCAGCCGUCGAGCCGUGCGUUUCAGAUGUUUGAUACUGUGCUGCUUUUGAGUGAAGGGAGGUGUUUGUUCUACGGUAAAGGACGUGACGCCAUGGCUUACUUCGACUCCGUCGGAUUCUCGCCGGCGUUUCCGAUGAAUCCGGCUGACUUCCUUCUCGAUCCUGCUAACGGUGUUUGUCAGAUUGACGCUGCAACGGAACGGGAAAAACCAAACGUGAGACAAACCUUGGCAGUUGCCUACGAUACAUUGCUAGCCCCAAACGUUAAAACCUACAUAGACGCAACACCUUCUCGAGAGAACGUGCGUUUUCUGAAAACGGAGACAAACGUUCGUGGAAUAAUGUCUGGCUUCACAACAUGGUUUAGCCAGCUUUGCAUUCUCCUCCACAGGCUCAUAAAGGAACGACGCCAUGAAUCCUUCGACGCACUUCGCGUUUUCCAAGUCGUCGCGGCUUCACUACUGGCGGGUCUCAUGUGGUGGCAUUCCGAUUUUCGAGACGUACAUGACCGACUAGGACUACUCUUCUUCAUAUCCAUUUUCUGGGGGGUACUUCCGUCAUUUAACGCGGUUUUCACGUUUCCACAAGAGCGAGCAAUUUUCACUCGAGAACGUGCGUCUGGUAUGUACACACUCUCAUCUUACUUCAUGGCUCACGUCAUCGGAUCACUCUCCAUGGAACUGGUUCUUCCGGCAGCGUUCUUGACACUAACUUACUGGAUGGUCGGUCUACGCCCAGGGCUAGUCCCUUUCCUCCUCACACUUUCUGUAUUAUUGCUAUACGUUUUAGCUUCCCAGGGACUCGGACUUGCCUUAGGUGCAGCGAUCAUGGAUGCUAAGAAAGCGUCCACGAUCGUGACGGUGACCAUGCUAGCGUUUGUUCUAACCGGCGGUUUCUACGUGAACAAAGUGCCAUCUGGAAUGGUGUGGAUGAAAUAUGUUUCCACGACUUUUUAUUGUUACCGUCUAAUGAUCGCAGUCCAGUAUGGAAAUGGUGAAGAGAUAUUGGGGAUGUUUGGAUGCGAAUUAAAGAGAACGGAAGGAGCGGCUAGGACUGAUGGGUGCCGAUUUAUGGAGGAGGAAGUGGUCGGAGAUAUUGAACUGUGGACCAGCGUUACCGUUUUGUUUUUCAUGUUUGUUGGUUAUAGAAUGUUAGCGUACUUGGCUUUAAGGCGUAUUAAACUUUAAAAUAAGCUGAGAGGAAAAAAGUUAAAUAAACAAAUGACUAGGGGGUUUAGUUUGUUCGAUUUUCGGGUGUUUUUGUUUUGUUUUUAAAUGUGAAACUAAAAUGAAAAAAAGGCUUUUAGUUGAUUAUAAUGAAAUGUAUAUUUCCAUCUACUACAUUUCACUGGUUGUGUGUAUAUAUAUAUCAAAUGAUAAAUGUUUCUUAUGGCUAAGUACAGCGAAGAAGCUGCAAAGAAAGCUCUCACACAUGACCAAAUAGCCAAGAUAUCCAAGAACAACCAGGUGUGUGAUUCAAGUUGUGCCUAGCCACCAGACCUACCAGUUGCACAAACCUGUUGGUGGUGGUUUCAAGUUGACCUAAGUUUGACUUUGUGUAUCCAACUUCUGCUGAACUUAAUCCGGUGUUUUACAGAGAGUAGUAGCUUCUUGUUAUACUGCUCUGGCUUUGGGAACUAGUAUCUAACUAAAAUAAUGUCGUGAGUUGUUGAGCAUCCAGUUGAUUCAAUAAUUGUUCUAAGAUAAGUUUUAUUUUCUAUCUAGUUCAUGUUUCAUAAAAGAUAUAGCAAGAACUGAUAAUAAUCAAAAAUCAAAUCUGUAUCAGCAAGAUAUCUUGUGAAAUGGGCAACAAAAAUGUAUUGAUUCUGUACUCUCUUAAUUAUACUCACCAAAAAA